GAAAAAUCGUAAAUUCAAAAAUAUAAACCCAACCCACCCAAAUCCAGAUGGAAACCUCAUUUUUUUUUUCUCACUAGCCUUCGUCUCCUCUCUCUGUAAACCAUCUCCAUAGCUUUCCUACGCAAGCUCUUAUCUCUUCCUCUCUACUUCACCCAAAAAGGUUUACAGUUCACACACAACACACACACACGAAGCGUUAGACACUUAAAAUGGAAACUUUGAGUCGUUUCUUAGUGUUCAUGUCUCUGUUCUCCGGUUUAGGUUCUGGUUUUACACUGCAAAAUCUUCCAAUCACAUCGUUUGAAGAGAGUUACAUGCAACUUUUCGGUGAUAAGAAUUUGUUUGUUCAUAAAGACGGCAAAUCUGUCCGGUUAACGCUCGAUGAAAGGACCGGUUCUGGGUUUGUCUCAAAUGAUCUUUAUUUACAUGGAUUCUUCAGUGCUUCAAUCAAACUACCUUCUGAUUAUUCAGCUGGAGUAGUUGUUGCUUUUUAUAUGUCUAAUGGAGAUACGUAUGAGAAGAAUCAUGAUGAGAUUGAUUUUGAGUUUCUUGGUAACAUUAGAGGAAGAGAAUGGAGGAUUCAGACAAAUAUUUAUGGGAAUGGAAGCACUCAUUUGGGAAGAGAAGAGAGAUGUAAUCUCUGGUUUGAUCCAACUGAAGAUUAUCAUCAAUACAGUAUCCUCUGGUCUGAUUUUCACAUCAUAUUCUACGUGGACAAUGUUCCAAUCAGAGAGGUGAAGCGAACAUCAUCAAUGGGCGGUGACUUCCCGUCGAAGCCAAUGUCUCUCUACACAACAAUAUGGGAUGGUUCUAAAUGGGCAACUAACGGUGGCAAGUACGGUGUAAACUACAAAUAUGCCCCUUACAUCGCACGGUUCUCUGACCUAGUCCUGCAUGGCUGCGCUGUGGACCCGAUCGAGCAGCUUCCCAAGUGCGACGAAGGGGCCAUCGAGUAUAUCCGUGCGGCCCAGGAGAUUAGCCUGUCAGAAAGGGCUAAAAUGGAGGUUUUUAGGCGUAAACACAUGACUUACUCGUAUUGCUAUGAUCGGACCAGGUACAAGGUUUCUUUGCCGGAGUGCGUUGUGAAUCCAGCAGAGGCUCAGCGGCUUAGGGUUUAUGAUCCAGUCACGUUUGGUGGGAUUCCGAGGCGCCACCGCAGCGGAAAGCACCGGAGCAAGAGAAGCCGUACGGAUGGAACAGUGUCGAUAUGAUUAAUUGUACAUUGUCAUUAUAUUAUGGUGUUGGUUUGGAGGGGGGGUCUAUAAUAAGUCAUUUUAUUGGUAUACUCUUGUUACAAUGCAUUAGUCACAGUUGCUUGGAGAGGGGAAGUUUUGUUCAUUUGUUGCUUGUAUCUAUGUUAUUAUAGAACACAGUUCUCUGACUUCUCUCACUCCUCAGACCUUCACGUCACCCGACAGCUAGAUAAGUCACUUCCUCUCAUAUCAACACGUGGCGCCUGUACACGAAACACAUCGUUUCAUUAAGACGGGAAUCGUGAUGGACUUUUGUACUCCUUCUCCGCUAUUACCAGAGAUUGCCAUCGUGAAAAAUCUCUUCCUAGGGUUUUCACGACAUCGAUUGCUCUUCUCUUAAUCAACCCAAACACCACAGUUACAGAUCCAUCGCUUAAACGUCUCUUUAAUCCAUCAACCAUGAUCGGAUCUUCAAUGCGAAUCUCUCUUUUCCAGGACGGUCUAUUUGUUAGUAUAAUUAAUUCCGGAAGUAAUCAGAGCGGUUCGGCACCGAGAUCUUCACGGAAACAGUCACCAAGGUCGACUUCUCCUCGAAGCCGUUCAAGCUCUUCACGGAUUUGAGAACUGUGCUCGCCGACGCCGUCAUCAUCUCCACCGGAGCUGUCGCGAAACGAUUGUUCUAAUUUCCAUUAAAUGAUACAAGUUCUUAUUAGGUUUUCGAAUAAAGUUUAGAUCAUUUAUUCGUUUAUGAUUUGCAGGACCCUCCAGUUCCUAUGCUAAAAGAUACAAAUUUGGAUGUAAUUAGAGUCUUAGUUGAUUUAAAAAACCAUACGAUUCUCAUAUAUAACAAAGCCUCAGAGUUAUUUGCAAGACAUGGUUUGAUGGUUAUGGUGAACUCAGUAUGACUGCAACAUAGAACAAGCCGUUGGUGGGGUGUUAAACAAAAGUUCAGAACUCAUCAGUCCGUAUAACAACUUGCUUAGCUGUGGGAUUGUUAUAAAGAUGGUUGUUGAAGGUGAGUAACCAUAUGUUAGAUGGGAGAAGAAGCGAAUAAGCAAGUCAGAGUUGGAUGGGUUUCCUUUAAUUUACCUUUUAUUGAUGGAGAUGGCAUGAACAACGGAAGAAACUCACAAAAAGUCAUCUGGUUGUCAUUCAAUUGGCUGCAUAAGGAAAAGUUCAAGUACAUGAGAGGAUGUGGAGAACAAUACAAUUAAUCCAACAAUUGGCAGAAGAACUUUCAAUCAAUAGACUGAAACCCGAAAGGAAGAGAAGCAACUCCUUCUUUUUCUUCAUGUGCCUUUGCAGCAUGAUGAUUUAGUGUAGCUUUGUCAGCAGAUGUCGCUCUUAAUUUGCGAUGAACUCUACGUUGAGUGCCGAAGCCAAAAGAAGAUAUAAAUGCUGGGAGUAUUUGUAAUUUUUUAAUAACUAAUCUUGGUUAACACUUACACCUGAGAGGUACCUGUAAUAGAAAGUUGUUUUUCA